GACCUGCAUCCCUGCUAACUUAAUCCCACUCGCUCAACACAUGACCUCCUCGCCAGCUCCUCCUCGUUGACUUCCGUGUGAUGAUCAGAUCCAUCCAUCGAUCCGAUCGAUCCAUCUCCGUGCGCGCAGAUGCGCCGAGACUACGUGCUCGAUCCGGCCCUGAGGCACAGACUACUUUAGUCAAGGCCGGCAGCUAGCUCGGGCCGUGCACAUGGCUGCCGCUGCUGCGCGCUUGCGUGCCGUUGCGCUUUCGGGCGCCCUCCUCGUCCUCGUGGUCGGCGUCUUCUCCGUCUCUGGCGCGGAGGCGCCGACCAGCUCUUCGUCGCCGUCGUCGUCUCCUCUGGUGCAGCAGGCGGCUUUUACCAGCAGGAGGCCGAGCGUGGAGCGGGAGCUCGACGCCGCGCGAGCCGCGAUACGGCGCGCGGCGCGGCGCCAUGGCAACAACACCAGCUCCACGCCGGGCACAUGGUUUCGUGGCGACGACGUCGAUUAUGCUCUCCUUGCGAGGGUGUACCGCAACCCGGCAGCCUUCCACCGGAGCUACGUGGAGAUGGAGAGGCGGUUCAAGGUGUACGUGUACGAGGAAGGGGAGCCGCCGAUCCUGCAUGCGGGGCCCUGCAAGAACAUCUACACAAUCGAGGGCCGCUUCAUCGAGCAGCUCGAGUUCCUGGCGCCGCCGGCGGCCGGCGUCCGGACGUGGGACGCCGACCGCGCGCACGCCUUCUUCCUCCCCUUCAGCGUCGUCCAGAUGGUGCACUUUGCGUACCGCCACCUCUCCUACGACCGCGCCCCGCUCCUCUCUCUCGUCGGCGACUACGUCCGCGUCGUCGCCUCCCGCCACCCCUUCUGGAACCGCUCCGCCGGCGCCGACCACUUCAUGCUCUCCUGCCACGACUGGGGUCCUGACGCGUCCAAGGGGGACCCGGAGCUGUACGCGAAUGGCAUCCGAGCGCUCUGCAACGCCAACACGUCGGAGGGGUUCCGGCCAGGGAAGGACGUGAGCAUCCCGGAGAUCAACCUCUACGAUGGCGACACGCCGCGGCAGCUCCUGGGCCCCUCGCCGGGGCUGUCGGCGCGGCCCUACCUGGCCUUCUUCGCCGGCGGGCGGCACGGCCACGUCCGCGACCUGCUGCUCCGCCACUGGAAGGGCCGCGACCCGGCCACCUUCCCCGUGUACGAGUACGACCUCCCUUCCACCACCGGCGGCAACAACAGCAGCAGUCGCAACCGGCGAGGCCGUGACCGGCAGAGUGACUACUUCGCCUACAUGCACCGGUCGCGCUUCUGCCUGUGCCCGAGCGGGCACGAGGUGGCGAGCCCGCGCGUGGUGGAGGCUAUCCACGCCGGCUGCGUGCCCGUGUUAGUGUCGGACGGGUACGCGCUGCCCUUCGCCGACGUGCUGCGGUGGGAGUCGUUCUCGGUGUCCGUGCCCGUCGCCGACAUCCCCAGGCUGAAGGAGGUGCUGGAGGGGAUACCGACGGCGGAGGUGGAGCGGCUCCGGGACGGGGUGCGGCUGGUGAAGCGGCACUUCACGCUGCGGCAGCCGCCGGAGAGGCUCGACAUGUUCCACAUGAUCCUGCACUCCGUCUGGCUCAGGAGGCUCAACUUCAGACUCGACCACUAGCCGGCUCAGACUUCUGAUCACUGAUAUACUAGAUAGAAAUUUAGAGCAGAGAACACCGUGCAACACCCGGGAGAAUGGGUUCCUAACAUACUCCCCAUUUUAUUCUCGUAAGGAAUAAGGUUGUAUCAUAAUUUCAUAUUAAAUCUUGGACUGCACUACAAAUC